UUCUAAUUCUGUAAAAUAUUUCUAAUUAUAUCAACGUUUUUAGGCGUAUGUUCUAGUAUACAUGUGUUAUUUCUGGUAGAGACAAGGCUGCUGUGCUAUGUAUAAUUUCUUUUUGAAUAAUGUUGUGUCAGCCCAUCGUAGAAUAAACGGGCUUUGCAUAAUUAUAUUACCUGAUCUGUUUCAGAAUAAAACAUUUUUUUAUGGACCUGUAUAAAUUUGAUGUUAUAAUAUAAGCUAACACAGCUUAUUCUUAAAAUUUUACAUGCCAUUAGCUAUACACUAUAACUAUUUACUCCCUUUUAUAUUUAAAAAUAAUUAAUUUAUAUUUUAUACAUAACUAUUUACUCCCUUUUAUAUAUUAAUUUAAAUAAAAACAUUUCAGUUAUUAAAAUGCCGGGUAGAUGCUGUGUACCAUUAUGUAAGGGAAACUACCCAACAGGACCAAAAGUGUCUGUAUUCUCCUUUCCUAAAAAUGAAGAUUUGAAGAGAGAGUGGCUUUCUGCAAUCCAACGGAAAGACUUUUCACCCAAAAAGAGUUCAAAGGUUUGUGAAUUGCAUUUCAAGGAAAGUGAUUUUAAAGUUGAAGCUUCAGCAUUUGAUUCUAAGAAUGGAAUUUUAAUUUCUGCUCCACUUCAGGUGCGUAGAUUAAAAGAAAAUACAGUGCCAUCGAUAUUUAAGGACUAUCCAUCUGUAUACAGUUGUGCCAUAAUUUACAGAAAGCAUUGCGUGAAAGCCUUAAAGAAUAUGAAAUGUAUAAUAAUGAUUUGAAAAUUAAUUGUUCUAAUGAUAUUUUGUCAUGUAUUGAUCGCUAUGGAAUAUCAGCAUUUUGGCAUGUAUACACAGUUCCAGAUACCUCAACUGUUUGCUUUAUUCAUAUUGUUUUUAGUCCUGGGCCAUCAAUUGAUUAUUCUGUAGUUGUGAAUGACAAUCAAGAAAUGUCUGUAUUUAUUAAAGAAAAAUCUAUUA